CAGUUUUGGAGGCUAGGGGCAUUGUGGAGGAGUGCAAGGGGUCGUGUGACUUUUAUGUUAAGAUUGGCAUGUACCCAGACAGUGACCCUAGCGACAGACAGAAGACUCAGAUGGUUCCUCGCUGUAGGAACCCCGUCUUCUUACAGACCUUUUACUUUAAGGCGGACCUUCAUAAGAGACUGCUCUUCACAAUGUGGAACUCUGACUCCACAACAAGGAUGAGUGAGCUGCUGGGUUGCAUGAGCUUUGGUGUGCGCUCCCUUAUGGACCCAGACAAGGUAAGUUUAGACACAGAGAUUGAUGGCUGA